AAUAGUCCACAUAACUUAUAUCAAUAUUUCAAAAUAACAUUUAACUUACAAAGAAUAAUCUACAACUCAAAAUCUACGUUCAAAAUGCAAUGGCUAGCCUUCUAGCUCGUCACUCCCCUUGGUUUUCCCGCGACUUUGGUUUCAAUACUUGAAAUGGUGGACGAGGAAAAACUAUGUGAGAUAACUCAGUAAGUAAAAAUAUAAAUAGCCUUCACUGAAAUUUUAAAGCAUGCCAAGUAAAUAUUUUAAUUUCAAACAAGAAGAAAAUCAUAGUUAUAAAUCAUUUAUGGAUACUGAAAUCUAUUUAGUGGUCCCCUCAAUUGGUCAUGGCCAAUGUACUCUCCCAACUAAUAGGAUAAUAGAAAUACCAAUGUACUCUCCCACUGGCUAGAUAGUAGAAAAUGCCAAUGUACUCUCUCACUAGCUGGAUGAACCGGCCCUAUAGAAAUACCUGUCGACAUGUGCCAGUAUUGAACUCCCACUGGCAGGAUAAUAGAAUUCAUGACCAUAUUGGAGACAAAACCAUGCGGGAGUUAAUAAUAAAAUUCAAAAUUCACAAACCAAUUUUAGAUUUCUAGAACAAACAGAAAACUCCAUGUAGGCAUGCUUAGUUUAAUAAAAAUAAUAACAACUUUCAUUUCAAAUCAAUCAUGCUCAAGUGGUAAUAAAAAUUGGGUUAGAUCUCGCCACCAUUUCAAAACAAUUUAAAAUAUGCUUUUACAAGCCUUUACCUUAAAUCCAAGAACAUUUACCAUAAUUUUUACUUAUCUCGCCUUGUAGAUAUACAACAGGCAAGGAAUUCAAUAAGUUAAGGUGCUUGAGGCAAUUUAGAACCUAUGCCACAUCAAAGAAGAAACAAGAUUACAAAAUACCCCAUUUAACUAAAUUAAUUUCUAAUUU